UUCGACCUCGAGGGCCACCGUGGAGGGCGCGGCGAGAACAGCGAGGAGACGCUCUUCUCCUACGCCCGCGCUCUGCUUGCCGGCGUGACUACGCUCGAGCUGGACGUUGGCAUUACGAGCGAUGGCGUGCCGGUGGUGUGGCACGACGAGAUGAUCAUGAAGGAGAAGUGCAUCGGCGAGGGAGUGGGCGAGUACAUCAAGGAGCUGAGCUUCGAGCAGGUCAAGGCGCUCGACUGCGGCUCGCUGCGCCAGACUGCGUUCCCGAGGCAGCAGAUCCACCCGGGCGCGCGCAUCCAGUCGCUGCAGCAGUUCUUUGACUUUGUCAAGUGCGCCGACGAUGGAGAGAAGGUGCACUUCAACAUCGAGAGCAAGCUGAGCCCGCCCACGCCUAACACGACCGUGGGCCCCCAGCAAUUCGUCGACACCCUGCUCUCCUCGUACCGCUCCAACAACGUUCUCUCGCGCGUCACGUUCCAGUCCUUCGACUGGCGCACCAUCAUUCGCGCCAAGGAGCAAGAGCCCUCCAUCGUCACCGUCGCUCUGAUCGACGCUUCCGAUCUGCGUCCUAUCUGGACGGCAGGCAUUGAUAUUGAGGCGCAGGAAGGGCCGGAUCUGGCACAGAAGGUGGCGCAGGCUGCGAAGAAGGCCAACGCGGACAUCCUCAGCCCGAGCCAUGGAGUGGGAGAGGUCGAGGUGGAGGGUUAUGUGCCGUUCGCGAACAAGACGAUGGUGGAUGAGGCACACAAGCUGGGCAUGAAGGUCGUGCCGUACACCCCGAACUCGCUGUUCACUGCUGAGAAGCUGCUGGCUGAUGGCGUCGACGGUCUGAUCACCGACUAUCCCACAUCUUUCUCCGAGUGGGCACGCGCCAAGAACUUCCGUCUGCCUGCGCCGGGAGAGGCGAAGCGUAUCUCGCGCUGUGUUGCAAAGGCACAGCAGGCCGAGAAGAGCGCUGCGGGCAAGGGCAAGGGC